AUGGCGACCAAGCCGGCCACAAAUGCCGGAGAUACCAUCAGCACCAAGAACCAAGUGCUCAAUGCUGGUGCUUCAAUAGUGCAAGACUUUGCACCAUUAAGCAACGUCUGCGCUCACCUCAACGCCUUCCACGCAUACGCUUCUGACCCAAGCCGCGUCGUCGAAGCGAACCAUUACUGUGGACACUUGAACGAAGACAUCCGCCAAUGCAUCCUCUACGAUAGUCCUGAGAAGAACGCACGCAUCAUAGGCAUCGAGUACAUGAUCACCCCCAAACUCUACGAAACGUUGGAAUCAGAGGAGCGCAAGCUCUGGCACAGUCAUGUGUACGAAGUCAAGUCAGGCAUGCUCAUCAUGCCACAGGGAAAGCUGCCGGACUUGGCAUGGCAGGCAGCAGAGAACAAGGAGAUGGAGCAAGUCGUUCAGUUGUACGGCAAAGUCUUCCACCUUUGGCAGGUCGACAAGGGCCACCAGCUGCCCUUGGGCGAACCGCAACUCAUGACAAGCUUCACCCAGCCAGGCCAAUUGGACUUUGCCAAGUACGUGGGCGAACGAGACAAAAGGUUCAACUCAGGCUAUAAGCAAAAAGAGGAGGCCCGGAAGCAUAUUGCGAGCCCGUCGGUUCAUCCCGACGCUGACCAAGCAUGGAAGGCCAAGGACAAGAAGAACAAGGGAGUAUCUUAG